GGCCCGCAGCACGAGACCCCAAAAUGGCGUGGCGGGGUACGGUCUCGAAGCGCUAGAGGGGUCGCGCCGGGGACUGAACUUCCGAGGUCCGUGCGCUCCCGGGGCCUCGCGCCUUCCCGGCACAGCCCCCGGGGGCGCGGGAACCCGGACCUGCCUUCCUCCCCGCGACGGCGUGAGGUGUGGUGACUCCAGUAGCCGAGCCCAGAAAGAGGGGAGUGGCGUCCACGGAAGCCAGAGCUCGGUGGAGUGCCCUUGGGGAGAAGAUCCACUCAUUGGUUUUGUACCAAACCUGACAAGGCCUCAGUUAUCAGGUGGCCCAGGAGGAUGUCACAAGUAGGAGAAAAAGUGUUCCCAGAGCAAAUAAUGAUGAGCCAUGUGGAGGCGAAUGCAUGCUUGUACCCACAUGUGGAGGUUUUGCAGGGGACUAAGAGGUCUGUGAAAGAGAGUUCCAAUAAGAGUAAGAAUUCCAGCCCACAGAUGGGCAGUCUUAGUCCUGAGAGUGCUCGCCAGCGCUUCCGGAGCUUCCGUUAUCAUGACGCACCUGGACCACAUGAGGUUAUCAGCCAACUGCAGGAAUUAUGCUAUCAGUGGCUGAGGCCACAGAUCCACUCAAAAGAGCAAAUCUUGGAAUUGCUGGUGCUGGAGCAGUUCCUCGAUGUUCUGCCCAGUCAUAUCCAGAACUGGGUGCAGAAGUAUCAUCCACAGAACAUCAAAGAGGCUGUUGCCCUGGUAGACCGCUUUAAGAGAGAAUCUGGUGGAAUAAGCAAUGAGGUCACAGCCCAUGAACUGGGAAAGGACACAGUGCUCUUGGGAGGAACAGCAGUGGCCCCAGGCUUUAAGUGGAAGCCAGCAGAGCCCCAACCAAUGGGUGUGUUCCAGGAAGAAUGUUCGAAUAUAUACCAGGUACUGCAAGAGCCGGGCUGGAAUACUCACAAGGAAACCCAGCCUGUGUAUGAAGGAGCUGUGCCUGAUGAAGAGAAUCUAACCUUUUGUGAGCAGAAAAGCACCCUAAGCUGGAAGAUGGCAUCUGAGCUCACCUUGCCUAAGUCCCAGAGGCCGUUGACAUUUGAAGAUGUGGCCUUGUAUUUUUCCGAGGAAGAAUGGCUAAUAAUGGACCCUAAUCAGAGGACCCUCUACCUUGAAGUAAUGCAGGAACUCUAUGAGAAUGUCACCUCUCUAGGGUUAAAGCUCAAAAAUGACACUGGAAAUGACCCACCUGUAUCUCUUCCUACAUUAGAGAUACAACCAUCAGGAUGCGAAGUAUUAAGAAAGGCCACAAUGAAAGAUGCUGAGACAACAAUGGGCAAUGAAAAUUAUGGUUGUACAUGCAGGGUACGGAAACGACUUCGUGCUUUUCCAGGGAGGAAAAGAAAGAAACUUAAAACUUGUAAACAAGAGCUUCCAAAACCUGUAGGUGUUAAUGGGAAAGGCUCUGAGGGAGAGAAACCUUUUAAAUGUCAGGAAUGUGGAAAAAGCUUCAGAGUUAGCUCUGACCUUACUAAGCACCAGAGGGUUCAUACUGAAGAGAAACCCUAUAAAUGUCAACAAUGUGAUAAGCAGUUUAGAUGGAGUUCAGAUCUUAGUAAGCACUUAAUGGCACACCAAGGAAUUAAACCAUAUAGAUGCUCAUGGUGUGGAAAAAGCUUUAGUCAUAACACAAAUCUACACACACACCUAAGAAUUCACACUGGAGAGAAGCCCUUUAAAUGUUAUGAAUGUGGGAAAAGAUUCAUUCAGAACUCCCACCUUAUUAAACACCAGAGAACCCACACAGGUGAGCAGCCUUAUACCUGUAGCAUAUGCAAGAGAAAUUUUAGCAGGCGUUCAAGCCUUGUUAGACACCAGAAACUCCACAAGAGAAGGGAAUCAUGUCCAGUGUCUCCAGUUUGAGGAAAGUCACCAUUUAGAGAUAGAUCCUGGAUGUGAUGAAAGAGUGCAUAAUGUUGAAGUAGCCAGUAACAAUGUUUUUAGGAGGGGCACAUGGGAUGUUUUGCAAAAAGGAAUCUAAACUCUCUGUUUUAUGCAGCUUUGUAUCUUCAGUGCCUACUACCAAUACCUGGCAAGUUCUUUAUAAAUAAAAGAGUGGAAUUGUUCUUGUA